GACAGCGGACACGCAGUGCCGCCGGGUCCGCGAGUUUGGGUGGAGUGAGCGGCCGCCGGCAGCCCGCGUUGGAGUAGACUGGCUGAGACCGCUGCGCGCUGGCGUGAUGUGGAGACUAGUGAUGAGGAUACCGGCCCUCCUGGCGUUAGCGGCCGUCGUUACAGCGCUCGAAGGGCCGAACGUCUGUACUAAACAGGAAACCUACGCUAAGCAGAUCCGGACGUCAUAUAUGGCGCCAUACCGAGUGCGGACAGUCACCUGGUGCCUCAAGAUCCCGCCGUUCUGCACCAAAUACAAGACGGCCUACACGCUCAAAUACAAAACAGAGGUGAAGGUGAAGACUCGCACAGUGGAGCUGUGCUGUAAGGGCUACACCGAGUCGGCCAACCGCUGCCAGGCCGUGUGCAGUCCAGAAUGUCUGCACGGCCGGUGCACCGAGCCCAACAAGUGCGUCUGUGCCUCCGGCUACGGCGGACCCACCUGCGAGCUGUCCUGUCCGGCGGGCACCUGGGGCCGCGGCUGCGCCAACGAGUGCGCCUGCAUGAACGGCGCCGCGUGCGACCCGCUGACGGGCAGCUGCACGUGCGCGCCCGGCUGGCGCGGCGCCACGUGCCAGACGCCGUGCGCGCCGCACACGUACGGCCAGGGCUGCACGGAGCCGUGUCAGUGCGCCAACGGCGGCCGCUGCGACCCGGUGUCGGGCGCGUGCGACUGCCGCGCCGGCUGGACGGGCCCGCUGUGUCUGGACAAGUGUCCGCCGGGCACACAUGGCGACGAAUGCGCCAACCGGUGCCAGUGCCAGAACGGCGGCACCUGCGACCCCGAGAACGGCAGCUGCAGGUGCCAACCCGGCUGGGAGGGCGACGUGUGCGGUAACCGCUGUCCGCGCGGCACCUGGGGCCAGGACUGCAGUCGCCGCUGCUCCUGCUACAACUCGGCUACCUGCAAUCACGUGACGGGCGUCUGCGAGUGUACCGCCGGCUACAUCGGCACUCAGUGCCAGGACCAGUGUCCGCUGGGCACCUGGGGCGUCGACUGCGUCGGCAACUGCACCUGCGUGAACGGCGCCACCUGCAACAUCGCCGACGGUAGCUGUCGGUGCGAGCUCGGCUGGAAGGGCACCAACUGCGAGCAGCGGGCCUGCGAGCCGGACCACUACGGACAGAACUGCCACGCCGUCUGCACGUGCGAGCCCAGCCAGACAGAGCUAUGUCACCCGUGGACGGGCGACUGUCAGUGCAAGCCCGGCUGGUCGGGCCGGCUGUGCGAGCGGCCGUGCCCGCCCUACCAGUACGGAGAGGACUGCCAGGGCAUCUGCAACUGCAAGAACGGCGCCUUCUGCGACCAGUUCAAUGGGACGUGCAUCUGCAGCGCAGGUUACAUCGGUGAAGACUGCAGCACCCAGUGUCCUCCCGGCAAGUACGGCCGCGGCUGUCAGCUGACGUGCUCGUGCGCCAAUAACGCCACGUGCAGCCACGAGGACGGCCGGUGCCAGUGCACGGCCGGGUGGCACGGUAUCAGCUGCAGCGCCCCCUGCCCGGCCGGGAAGUACGGCCCCGGCUGCAACACCACCUGCCAGUGCGCGACCGGCGCCGCCUGCGACCCCGUUAAUGGAACAUGUACGUGCGCUGCUGGCUACAAGGGCGAACUGUGCGACCAGAGGUGUGACGAGUUUACCGCCGGUCUCGGCUGCAAGCUGCGCUGUCCAUGCGUCAAAGAGAACAGCGAGGGCUGCGACCCGGUCAACGGUCGCUGCAUCUGCAACCCCGGCUGGCGGGGCGUGCGCUGUGAGACUCAGUGUCAGGAAGGCCGCUACGGGCCAGAGUGUAAGGACGUGUGCCACUGCAAGAACAACUCGUCCUGUGACCCCAAGUCGGGCGCGUGCACGUGUGCUCCGGGCUUCCGCGGCACGGACUGCAACGAGCCCUGCCCGGACGGCCGGUUCGGCCUGGCCUGCCUGCAGACCUGCCCCGACUGCGCCCACGCUGUAAUUGGUAACGGCACCUGUGACCACGUGACCGGCCAGUGCCCGUGCGCGCCCGGCUACGCUGGGGCCCUCUGCUCGGAGGCAUGUCCCAAGAACACGUACGGCCUCAUGUGUCGCAAGACGUGCGACUGCGCCGAGCACGGAGAGUGUAACGCCGUCACAGGAGAAUGUCUGUGCUACCCGGGGUGGACGGGCGAGCGUUGCAGCGAGCAUUGUCCAGCCAACACGUACGGCAUGAACUGCGCUCAGACGUGCGACUGUCUGAACGGCGCCACGUGCCGGCCGCUCGAUGGAGCCUGCGGGUGUCCGCUGGGCUGGACCGGGAAUCGCUGUGAGGAAAUCUGCCCCGAGGGCUAUUACGGCAACCAGUGUAUGAACUCCUGCAACUGCAAGUCCAACAACUUCAUGUGCCACCCGGCCGAGGGCUGCAUCUGCAGAUACGGACAUACCGGUGAGAACUGCGAUAUCCCGAUCCGGGCCAGCCUGACCGAGUCGGCGCGCGAGGGUCCCGGCUCGGCCGGCGUCACGGCCAUAGUGGUGUCGGUGCUGCUGCUGGUGGUGGUCGUGGUGGUGCUGGUGAUUGUCUACUACCGGCGCCGGCUCUACCGACUCAAGAAGGAGCUGCACCAGGUGGUGCAGUACUUCCCCGAGGCCAAGGAGCGCACAGACCCACACCACUUCGACAACCCUGUGUACGCGUACCCGGAGAAGGCGCGUCAGGACCCGCUGCCGCUGCCGCCCAACAUCCCCGUGCAGAAGAACGACCUGGGCGGCGCCACCAAUGUCAAACAGCUGGCUCUGGAUGAGGAGGAGGGUGGAGCUGUCGGCUAUGACUCGAGCCUACUGUCCAAGAAGCUGAAGGACGCAGACUGCGGCAACCCCAACAUCUACAACAGCAUCGAGGAUCUGAAGGCGGACAACAAGAACAACAUGGAGCACGUCUACGACGAAAUAAAGGGCAUCAAGGUUCUCAAAGAGGAAGGUGCGGGCAGUCCGCUGCUGGCCGCCGCCCGUCGGCGCUCCUCCGACCAGCUGGAUGUGCAGUGGAGCUUCUCCGGGCAGGAGGGGAAGGCCGCCGGCCUCAGCCCAGACGGCGAGUACGACCGCCUGGACCACGCGCGGGCCACCAACGACCCCAAGCCCAACUACACCAAGAUGGACGGCACGCUGCGCAAGUCCAAGUCGAAGAUCACGGACAGUGACGAGGACAAUGAGUCGACCGGCGGCUCGUAGCCACCGGCGCGGGCCUCGCUCGGUCCGCUCACAGACUCAGCACUUGGCAUGUGGAGAGCAAUAGACAGGUGCACCCCAUGCCAUCCGGAAGGAGUGCGGGGUCGUCAAUAAGACUUGCCGGCAAGCGGUCGAAAGGUGGAUCCUUGAGUGUUGCUGGCGGACCGUUUUGUGCUCAAAGACCAUAAGAAGCAUCGUCGUUGAUGAACCUUUCGCACUGGUGAGGUUCUCGUGCUUUCUGAGCUUAGUGCAGUGACGUUCUGUGGACACAUUUUAGCGGCGGUAGGGCUCGGCUCUGCACAUAUUGCUGCACGAGACGGUGAUGAGCUGGGACAGAAAUGCGAGAAUAGUGCGUUGAACUCUUGGUGUCUAGUUAGUGGAACAUGGAACAUGGAACAUAUGCAGUUGUACGAUCGAUUGGAUGCGUCUCAAGAUAAGCGGAGUUCUCAAAUGAGUAAAUGAAUUCAUGUUUGGUUCAGCUGAUUUUUUUUCAGCCCGGUGACCGCUAUUUACUGGCUUUUCAAUGAGGGUCUCAAUAUUUACACGAGGCCUUUUUAUGCGUGGAACACUUUGUUGCUAUUUCCACUCUUUUUAUAUUUUCAUUGCAAUCUGCUGUUAUACAAAGCAGGUAGUUGACACGCGCUACCACCCGAGUACACAACCUGUCACAACAUCUAGGUAGUCCUUUCGUUUACAUGAGCAUUAGUUGAAAGCGCAAGUCAUAUUUUCGGUUGGUAUACCUACCUAUAACAGGGGAAGAAAUUCCCUUGUCCCCAUAUGCUGUAGUUCGUUGCGCAUCUGGAUAUGUUCGAUUGAACACUUGGCCGGUAUGUUCCCGCUGUCGCCGGGUGCUCUGUGCUGGCGCCGACGGAGACCAGGGCUCACCGACUAUGCCGCCUGCCCUCUGUGAUAUGUGUCGCCAUUGUUACCGUUUGUAUGCGUGUGUGUCUGUGUGCUGCCCGAGGGCAUCAGUGUGACAGGUCCAUAUCAUGUAGCCGGGCUCCGCGCCAUCGGAGCCGGCCCAUCACCAUCGCUAUGCAACUUAUAUAUGCGAACUGUGUGCUGGGUUUGUUGGGGGUUCUUUGGUUCUGGGGUUUGGGAAAGGUAGUGUGCAAAUGUGAGUGACUUGUGUCGAUAUCUGCGAGAGGUUCCUCGCUAAGAUGUCCAUUCUGACGUGGACUUUGCUGUGUCUUUGCGAUGCUGAUAUGUGGGGUCAUGUGAAUUGUGUAGAAUUGCUUGAGAUUGUGAACGAGGUGUCCUGGUGUCUGCUGUAUAUGAAUAUCCAUCGUAUAAAAUGUGUUUAAACUCCCUCGGAAACUUGCCAAUCGGUGUACUGCUAAAUUCCCCCCUCCCAUCGGCUUCCUGAAGUAAAACAGCUAAAUUUCGGCUGUCGCAAACCACAGUGGGCUAAGGUAUUCCCUGUCGAAGUCUUAUUUGCUACCAAAAAGGUGUAAUUUGUUUCCCUUCAAUCGUUUAAAAUUCUUAACAUGAUGCAAGUACCUAAACUAGAUGUCUACCAUGAAACAUCUAAAAUGUAAUAUCAUAGACCUCUGUACACCAUAGAUACCAUAAUAUCAUAGACCUCUGUGGUGUACAGAGGUCUAUGGUAAUAUGUAAAAUUAUCGUAGGCAUGAGCGUGAUUAUAACGCUGGGAGAAACCAGCCAGUCUCAGAUCUAGGGAUCGGGCAUCUUAAGCCUUUGUGUGUAGUCGUUACCAGGAAUUGAUUUUUUAAGUUUUUCUUGAAAAUUUAUUCGUGACUACAAGCGAUAUGCUUUUGAUUUGUUCCGUCAUAUACUAUUUGCAUUUUUUUUUUGCAAAAAUGCUUACCAACUAAGUCGUAAAAACAUGCUUCAUUGCGCAUUCGUUAUCUUCGUGUCCAAUUCGUAGCAAAUCAGCAGUCCCGCUACUCAUUUCAAAGUUACCUCCUGACUCGGAUGGACUCCAAAAUCCCAUUUAGUGUUGUAUGCCGGCUGUUAUUAGUCGUUAAGGUAAUGUACGAUUGUGAUUCACGUUGACUUAUUCAAUAGGGCAACACAGUAUGUUUACGAUAACUGUAAUCAACUUGCAUGUUGUUUGUUUAUCGAGUUUUCACCCGCCAUUCUUUUGUAUGAAAGAACGGAUAUGCAAUUUGUAUGCACAAAAACAGGGAUAGAUUGUGUAAUUUUGCAUUCCUGUUCACAACUAUAGAUAGUGUAUUAUUGUGUAAAUAUAUCUGUUUUGCAACAG